GUCGUUGGAAGAGAUUCGUUUAUGGGUUUUAACCAACUUUUUUAUAAGGGUGACAUAAACUUAUUUUAUAGUUAGGUGUUACUGAAUAUAUUUGAACCCGGACCUCCAAGUUCAAGACCACUAGGUAGAGGUGGGCAUACGGUUCGGUAAAACCGAACCGAAUCAAAUAUAAUCGAACCGAAACCGAAUUAAUGUUAUUCGGUUCGGAAUUCGGAAGAGAAAAUGACAUAUUUCGGAAACCAGGGUCCUUUCGACCGAACCGAAUUUCCGAACAAAAAAACCGAAUUAUUAUAAUUGCAAGCUCCAAAUGGUGGAUUUUUAUGUUUCUACUUAUUAUGAGACUUAAAUAUUUGAAUCAUGUUAGUGUUUUAUAACUUAUGUGUUGAAAUGUUUGAUUUUAUAAUUGAUGAUGCAUAUUUAUUGUUUACAUUAGGGGUGAAAAAUUAUUUAAAAUAGAGAAGAUACAAGCUAACCUCACAAGUUCGGUUUUGUAUGAAAAAUCGAACUGGACCGAAUUAUAAGUCGGUUUGAACUGACCGAACCGAAUUAUAAUUCGAUUCGAAUUCGGUUUGAGGUUUGAUAGAAUUCGGGAACCCGGUAAAAUGCCCACCCCUACCACUAGGCCAAGCCCUUGUUCGCAAUUUUAACUACUUUAUUACAUGGAGACCAAUUGGUUUAUGCAUGAUAUCAUAGAUGAUUUAUCCUUCAUGUCGCGUGCCCAAAUCCCGACGACCCCCUAUAUUAACCGUUGUCUAAAAGUACAUGGUACGGGGUCUGUGCAGCAUUUGAAUGGACGUGUAAGGAAGUGGGUAAAAUCUUUAUGUGGAUAUCUUCCAACAACUCGAGUUAUUAGGACCAGCUGGUUGAUUGACAUCUUGUCAAGAACCAAUAACUCGAGUUGUUGAGAGAGGUUCAAUAAUGAAUCUUAUAUACCACAUAUACUAACACACGUCCAACGAAAGUCACUCGGAUGGGGUUGAAGUUUGUACAUAUAUUAUAAUGCAUUGUGCUUAACAAAUGAGAUCUUCAUAAUUCGAACAAAAGACAUCUUGGUCACAGAAAGACUCUGAUAUCAUAUUAAAAACCAGUUUGAUCCAAUAACUAUUUUUUUUUUUUUGGGAAAUAUAACACACACUAACAAUCGUGAGUAACUAGUAGAUUAUCUAAUGUUUAUUUUCAUGUAGGGAACCACUCGUCGGAGCAAGGGCUAGAUUGGCCAACACGAGUAAAGAUCAUCAGAGGGACAGCAAAGGGCUUGGCAUACCUCCACGACGAAAUCCCGCUCACCGUCCCACACGCCCACCUGAAAUCCUCCAACGUCCUCCUCGACGAAUCCUUCGAGCCCAUGCUCACCGACUACGCCCUCCGGCCGGUGAUCAACUCCGACCACGCCCACAAGCUCAUGAUCGCCUACAAGUCCCCGGAGUACGCCCAGCACGGCAAGACGUCGAACAAGACCGACGUGUGGAGCCUCGGGAUCCUGAUGCUGGAGAUCCUAACGGGGAAGUUCCCGGAGAACUACCUAACGUCGGGGUACGACAGUGGCUCGGACCUCGGGACGUGGGUGAACAACAUGGUGAAGGAGAAGAGGAUGGGUGAGGUCUUCGAGAAGGACAUGGCCGGGACGACGAAAGACAGCAAGAGCCAGAUGAUCCACUUGCUGAAGCUCGCGUUGAGCUGCUGUGAGGAGGAUUUGGAGAUUAGGGUCGACGUCAGGGAGGCGGUCGAGAAGAUUGAGCAGUUUAUGGAUGAUGUAUGAUGGCGCAUUUGAAAAGAGAAAGGUUAAAUUUUUUGUACGUGUUUGUACAUAGUGCGUGACGUCGAUAGAAAAGUACUAAUGGGCAAUGUUUGUAUAGGAAGGGGGGAGAUGAUUGUGUUGAUUGGUUUUGGGGGAUAAGAAAGAUGGUGGUGGGGGGGAUUUAGUCAGUAGAAAAUUGGUUUUUUUUUUGUUUUUGUUGGGGAUUUCGGACUUUGGAACAAGGUAUAUUGUAUCGGUGGUCUGACAGGGGAAAAACUUCCUAUUGGGGGGACUAAACGGGCAUGCGGGGGAUUUUACUCGAUACAAAAUAGUUGAAGCACAGUUUCAGCACAAGUAUCAUACUGGUGCUUAUUUCUAGUACAAUCUCUGCUGGUACGGUUUUACGAUCCUUGCUUGGGAAGGUGUUUUAGAAGGAGGGCAACUUUUUUAGUUAGUGUAUCAUAUCUUAAACUCUAUCUCUAUGUACAUAUCUUGUAUCUUAUAUCCAUGGAGAAAUUGUUGUCCAUAUGUAUCCUUAAUGUUUAUUGAUAUUUUUUUAAUUUGAGUGAAAUUUUGUGGAAUUGUUCACUACCAUGUUCCGAUCUCGAGCAUAAGGAUGAAAUUUACUAAGGUUUACACAUCAUUUUUACCCGUUAAACAAAUGAUUAUUUCUUUCUAUCCACAAAUACCAGAGGAAAAGCACUGAGAUUUCCAUCAGUUUUCCGGUCAGCCUUCUCAAUCACAUCUCCUGAAUCCAAUCUGCUGCACUCGUGUCUUCCUCCACUUCAAACCACUCUUUGAGCGUGGAUAGGCGUCAUAUCCUGCACGCUGCUUCAUAGUUGAAAAUCAUUGUCACAAGGUAUGCUGAAGGAGAAGGUAACAUUCAGUUGGUGGUGAAACAUGAGAACUUAACGUUUAGGCCUCGAGAAGUUGAGGUCUUCUUUCGGUUAAAAUUGGUUGUGGAGGAAAUAACUUGAGAGUAAGAUUUGAGAAAUGAUAUAAAAAAAUUCAGUAUUU